AUAAAUUGUUCAAUGUAUCUUCGUCUUCUUCAACAUCCGUACGAUAUAGCCAUUCCAUUCCUCAUUUUCAAAUCAAAUCUUAGAAAGAACUCGAAUCUCGGACUUUAAUUAAUUCACCCUUUUUUCAAGGUUAUAAUUGCGGAUGGGGUCAAAGCCAGUAGAGUAUUUAAUAGAGGCUUCAUCAGGGGCACAUUUUUCUGGCUUUCAUAUGAAUGGGAUGCAGUCAAGAAAUUCACAGGUAGAGCAGGCAACAACUUCAGUGACUGAAAACGUGCAAAAGCAGCCUUUUAUCAUUGGGGUUGCUGGAGGUGCAGCUUCAGGAAAGACUACAGUUUGUGAUAUGAUUAUAGAGCAGCUUCAUGAUCAGCGUGUUGUACUCGUCAACCAGGACUCAUUCUAUCAUAAUUUGACACCAGAAGAACUAACAAGGGUUCAUGAGUACAACUUCGAUCAUCCGGAUGCUUUCGAUAAUGAGAAGUUAUUGUCAGUUGUGGAGAUGUUGAAGCAUGGGAAAGCAGUCGAUAUUCCGAAAUAUGACUUCAGGAGUUAUAAGAACAGCAUCUCUCGUAGGGUGAAUCCUUCAGAUGUCAUAAUUUUGGAAGGCAUACUUAUAUUUCAUGAUCCCCGUAUACGUGAUUUGAUGAACAUGAAGAUCUUUGUUGAUACAGAUGCUGAUGUUCGCCUUGCAAGGAGAAUAAGGCGUGAUACAGGUGAAAAGGGACGAGAUAUCGGUAUGGUACUCGAUCAGUACUCAAAGUUUGUAAAGCCAGCUUUUGAUGACUUUAUACUCCCAACAAAAAAGUAUGCUGAUAUUAUCAUACCUCGGGGAGGAGACAAUCAUGUAGCUAUUGAUUUAAUUGUCCAACAUAUUCGCACAAAACUCGGUCAACAUGAUCUUUGUAAAAUAUACCCCAACCUAUAUGUCAUUCACUCCACUUUUCAGAUACGUGGCAUGCAUACACUUAUACGUGAUGCUCAAACAACAAAACAUGAUUUUGUGUUUUAUGCGGACAGAUUGAUUCGCUUGGUUGUUGAGCAUGGUUUGGGACAUUUACCAUUUACAGAAAAGCAGGUGUUAACUCCAACCGGCUCAGUAUACACAGGUGUAGAUUUUUGUAAGAGAUUAUGUGGAGUUUCUGUCAUCCGGAGUGGCGAGAGUAUGGAGAAUGCAUUGCGAGCAUGUUGUAAGGGUAUCAAAAUAGGAAAGAUUCUUAUUCAUAGGGAAGGCGACAAUGGCCAACAGUUAAUAUAUGAAAAAUUGCCCCAAGACAUAUCUGACAGGCAUGUUUUGUUAUUGGACCCUAUUCUUGGAACAGGCAAUUCAGCCGUUCAAGCUAUAUCUUUGCUUCUAAAGAAAGGGGUACCCGAGGCCAAUAUCAUAUUUCUAAAUCUAAUAUCAGCACCACAAGGAGUGCAUGUAGUCUGCAAGCGGUUCCCUAGAAUUAAGAUAGUAACAUCAGAGAUAGAAACAGGGUUGAAUGAAGAGUAUCGUGUUCUUCCUGGCAUGGGAGAGUUUGGAGACAGGUAUUUUGGGACAGAUGAUGAAUGAAUUCAACCCGAUUAUAGAAAUACAAAAUCAAGCGGUGGUCGUGAAAUUGUUUUCAGUUUUGAGUUGCGGUGAGACUUCUUGUCACUUGUAUCUCUUUGUGGACUUGGUUGAGUCCUGAGUCAUGGAUUAGUUGGAUUAAUAUACACAUGACAUGGUUAACAGGCUAUAUCAUAUAUUAUAUGGUAAGAGUUUUUUUC